GGUCAUUAUUGUUCUCCAGUUUAAAUACUGCGGUCCCGAGAAAUUUCUCCUUCACCGACUCAGUACGUCCUCCAUUCUGUCCUGUCGAUUUGUCGCCGUCGUUUCGCGCGACCUCCCGAUAGUACCGCACGAUGUCGUCUCCAGCUUCUCCGCCUGCAGGUCAGGCCACAGGUAAACGAACCCCAUCUCCUGCCGGCAGUUCCAGUGCCAGGCCCGCCUCGCCCAGCUCCAAUGCUAGCACAAGACCUGCAUCGCCUGACGCGAGGACGUCCUCCCCUGCUCGGUCUUCACUACGCUCACGGAUGGGCACCAUGAUGCGGCGCACCUCGACGGGACUGACCAGUCUGGGGAAGCCCAGCGCUCUCCGUCGCUCUGAAUCCAAGAGUUCAGUGAAAGCGGACACACCUCUAGGCACACCUAUGUCAAUAGAGGGUCUGCCGAGUCCUGUCGCUGAAUCGCCCGCACGCGAAGCAGCAGCUCUCAUCAGCGUCGCAUCCCCUCCUGUCGGUCCUUCACCUCUCUCCGACGCGACUGCACCUGCGCAAGGUACUGCUACAGCAGGCCCUGCUUCACCAAGUGCACCGAUAUCCAUCGCAGAUCAAUUCACCUCAAGCUCUCAGGUAUUCGAGAAACCUUUCUCAGCCUCCCCAGAUUCACACCAUUCAGUGAUCGCCUCAAUAAUAAGCGAACAGUUUGCUUCUGGAAGGGAAGCCCGGUCCUCGUUUGCCUCAGCAGCACAACCUUCGGAAAACAUACCAUCCAUUCCUGUGUCUGCGACAGCUUCAAACCGUGCAUCGACCAGCUCCCAACCUAGUUCGCAGUAUGAUCAUGCUGCAUCUGGGGUUAUCCAAACGUCCACAAUAGAAAAGACCGAUAGUUACUUCGCUUUGACCAAGGAUCGUUCGGUGCAACCUACUUGGGCUCCCAAUGAUCCAGCAGGAGCCAAGGUGAUCCAAGACACUACGAGCCCACAGCCGAAUGUCACACCACCACAUACCAGCGACGCCCAAGUGAUGACGACGAAUGACGGGGUAUCUCUGUCGUCUAAACAUUCUAUCAGCACCUUCGCCGGCGGUAGCUCGAUUCGCCAUGACAGCCAGGCACAGCCCUCUCGGUAUGGCGGGCUCUCAUCAAAAGCUAGCAAGUCCUCUAUGUCGACUUCGUACGGUCAAGUUGUGGUCGCUCCACAUGGACGACAGAUCUCCAUAAUGACAGACUCGACAGCCGAGGAUGAAAGCAGACGAGGACGAAGUCCUGGGCAAAGCUUUAGUAACGUUCCUCUCGAAUCCGAGGAGUCGCAAGGGGCACCGGGAAGGCCAUCAGUUCUCUCCCCAAUCGAGAGCAUCGACACACCAUUACCUGAUCAAGGGCCAGCGGUGUACCCCUUGCCCCCGCCAGGUGAAGUUAUCAGUUCAAGGUCGGCUCCAUACGUUCCGUCAAGUUAUGGAUUUGGAAAUGUCUCAAUAGGUGGCAACGCUACAUCCAUCCUGCACGCGACUGAACACUGCCACUAUUGCACAGUUCUGCCAAAGCGGCUGUCGACAAACGUCAAUCUGCUGUCCCUUUCUAUGCGGCGGAACAGGCACUACUGUCUCCACGUGCAACUUCGCGUGCCUUGGAGCUUCUGGGAUGGACAGAGUAUAUGCUUCCCCACAGAUCCUCCUACUUCGUGAACAGCCGGCUGCAUGUGGUCACCGAUCUAGAUAUGCACAGCAUGCGAGGGCAGAGCGCAGUGAUGGAGUAUCUCGACAAACGGAUGCCGGAAGAAGUUGCUCCGCCGCCACCAGGAUGGGAGCUUUGGUUAACGGACAUGGGAGUAGCGAAGCAGCAGUUCAAGCCGGUGUGGAACU